GGUUUGUAAAUUUGUAAAGAAAAUAUUUGUUAAAUGUUUGGUUAGAUAUUAAGUGCACAUGGUAUACAAUUUCAAAGGCACAGAGUGUGCAAUGAAGUCUUUUUUCUAUCCCCAACCCAUUUCCCUCUCCAAAGGUAACCACUGUUAUACUAUAUAAGCUCAUUGUUCUUCUGUCUUUGAUAAUUUAUCUCAAGCAGAUUUCAAUGGCUAGCAGUGUAACUGGCAUGUGAAGGUCAUAAACAGUAAGUAGUAACCCUGUUAACUGUCAGGGUUUGUAGUCAGUCACUUCUUACCUUCAUUAGAUAGGUGAAUGCAUGUCAGCCCAGGUGAUGUUAGAAUUCAAGAACAAAUGUCUUAAAGAAGGUUUGAUUUCUUGCUCAUAUUCUGUGUCCUUUUGGGCUCUAUCUUUGGCCUUUGCCUCUGGAAUGGAGGCUGAGCUGCUUUUGGGGACUGCUGAUGUGGCAGAGGCAAAGAAGACUGGUGGAACCCCACAGUGCCUUUUAAAGCUUCUGCUUGGAAGCAGGUCAGAUUUUGAGACACAUCAUGUCCAAUUUUGAAGAUGCUGACACGGAAGAGACAAUAACUUGUCUCCAGAUAACUGUUUACCAUCCUGUCCAGCUGCAAAGUGGAAUAUUCCAAUCCAUAAGGUUUUAUAACCGAGAAAAACUUCCCUCCAGUGAAGUGGUGAAAUUUGGCCGAAAUUCCAAUAUCUGUCAUUAUACCUUUCAGGACAAACAAGUUUCCCGAGUUCAGUUUUCUCUGCAGCUGUUUAAAAAGUUUGAUAGUUCAGUUCUCUCUUUUGAAAUAAAAAAUAUGAGUAAGAAGACCAGUCUGCUUGUGGACAACAAGGAGCUGUGCUACUUAAAUAAAAUAGACCUGCCUGACAAGUGCAUGGUCAGAUUUGGUGACUAUCAACUCCUGAUAGAGAAGGAAGAUGGAGAGUCAUUAGAAUUUUUUGAGACUCAAUUUAUUUUGUCUCCAACAUCACUCUUGCAAGAAAACAACUGGCCACUACAGAAGCCCAUACCUGAGGAUGGCUGUUACUCAUCCUAUUCUACCCAAAACACUUUUCCUACAGAAAUGGAUGAAAAUGAAUUGUGAACACAGAGGGCUAAGAGGAGAAUCGUGAAGGAUGAAGAAAUCUGUAGACAUUUUAUAGAUAUUUCACAGUUUAUUAGUAUAUUACUGUUAUCUGUUAUUAAAUUUGGGAUCUCUUAUCAUUUUGAAGUCUGUAAAUUAUAUUAGUCAUUGAUUUAGUCGUCUGUUGCAUUCCUAGAUGUGUGAAGAAUUCUUAAGUGUAUUUAAGUGUACCUCUGUGAGCAUUAAUGAACAAAAAGCAUCCUUGGUGAUGAAGAAAUAGUAUUCUCAAAAUAGUUAUAUUAUUUUCUUUUUAUGCUUGAUUUUAGCCCUAUGUUUUGCAAGGAACCACUUUUAGUUUGGUCAUAUUAUUUCACAAGCGGCUCUUUGUUUUCAAUGUCAAGGCCAUGGUUGAGUUGCUCCUGGUGGUGUAGCCUGUUGGUACUUGCAGUGCUAGAGUACUGCAACACAGCAUGAUGUGUUUUGGAGCAGUGUCUAUGUGUCAUUGUGGUUUUAUUAUAGGAAGCCUUAUUUGAGCAAUAAUACCUUUUCUAUGAUUUCCUUUUUGUAGAAUUGUGGUGUUUAUUUCCAAAAGUAGUUCUCCGUAUCUAUAUUCAGUAUCUAAAACCAGUAUUUUAGACAUUUUAAUAAACCAUUGCUACAUUUAGAA